GAGUAUGCAAUAAUAGCAUCGUUUUUUGCGUGGCUGAUGAAAGAUUUCCUUAUUUUUGCAUGCAUGUGUAUGACAUUUGAAAGAUUUUACUUGGCUGUAACCGAUGCAGAAACUGCAUGCACCGUGAUUUUAAAUUCAGACAGACUUUCAAAUAUUUUACAAGGCUUGUGUAAUAUUUCUUCACACUCUUCUGUUUAGUUAUAAAAUGAUACUUCUAUGCGAGAAUUUAACAAAUAGCACAAUAAUCCAGCAAAUGGCAAUAGCAUCUGUUGCUAUAUGGCUGUUGAAGAAUUUCCUCAUUUUCUCAUAUAUGUGUGUAACAUUUGAAAGGUUUUAUUCGGCUAUAAGCGAUGUACACGCCAACUGUAUCAUUAUGAAAUCCAAGAAAGUCACAGCAGAAACAAAAAAAAUGUGCAAGGACGUACAAGUAUUUACUACCUCUAUGUUCAGUAGACUGAGUGCCUGCGGCGUGUUCGACGUUGGUUCUAAGUUGCCUUUCAAACUGCUCUUCAGUCUUACUUCGUACACCAUUAUAAUACUGCAGUUCUUUCAGAGAAAUGUCAAUAACAUUUUCCAAGCAACUGUAAACAUUCCUGUGACAUAA